AUGUUUGAGAUAUUGGUAAACGCUCAGAAAGUGUGCAAAUCAUGGCACCGCGUCUCUAAGGAUCCCUCCAUUUGGAGGAAAUUCGACAUUCAAAUCUAUAAACAAGGUUACAAGCUUAAUAAAAACAGACAAGAUUACCACUGGGAUAGUCUGUGUCGUCACGUCGUUGAUCGCAGCCAAGGCGGUUUGCUCGAAAUCAACCUCCGCAACUACUGCUCUGAUUCUCUCCUCUCCUACAUAGCCGACAGAUCAAGUAAUCUGAGAAGCCUUGCAUUUAAAAUGUACUAUCGAGUAACAAACGAGGGACUUGUGAACGCAGUCACAAAACUUCCAUUGCUUGAAGAGCUCGAGGUCUCAUACCCAAUGAUAAAAUUGAAUUUGAAAGCUAUAGGUCAUUCUUGCCCUAAGUUAAAGACAUUGAAGCUAAUCUUCUCAUGUUUUAAGACCAGGCGUCGACGUGAAAAUUGUGCUGCCAUUGAAAUUGCGGAGAGCAUGCCCGAACUGCGACACCUCCAGCUUCUUGGAAACGGACUAACUAACACCGGGUUAAACGCCAUACUUGACUGUUGUUCUCACCUGGAACACCUUGAUUUACGCAGGUGUUUAAACAUUAACCUUGUCGGGGAUCUCGACGAGCGUUGUUCCGAGAUGAUCAAAGUUUUGAGACGUCUGGAUGAUUCAACCGAUGAUUGUCCAUUUAAUGUCGAUAUUGAUUCAGAUGUUUCCUUUUUCCCUUCCUAG